AUGGUGGGGCGUCUGCAGGCUGAGAUGGAGGACCUGGUGAGGGUGAUCAACGACCAGCACCGCUACAUCCAGGGGCUUCACCUCAGCCAGGCCCAGAAGCUGCCUCAGAUCCCCCAAACACACCUCCAGACUGGGGGCCAGUACAAAGACUGCGCUGAGAUCUUUAAGGAUGGGAACUCAGUUAGUGGCCUGUAUAUGAUCAGACCGGACCGGGCUCCCUCCUCCUUCAUGGUGUUCUGUGACAUGAGUGAUGGAGGAGGCUGGACUGUCUUCCAGAGGAGAAAGGACGGAACGGAGUCCUUCGACAGAGCGUGGGUGGAGUAUAAGCAUGGUUUUGGAGACAGCGAGUCAGACGGAGAGUUCUGGCUAGGGAACGACCCCCUACACUACCUCACCUCUCAAGGCGACUACAACCUAAAGAUCAACAUGGAGGACUUUGACGGAAACCAGCGCUUCGCCGAGUACAAAAACAUGAAAGUGGAUGAUGAAAAGAACCAGUAUAAGCUUCAUCUGGGUGACUACACUGGCAAUGCGGGGGACGCCCUCCCCGAAGCCCACCCCCCUCCCAGUGGGCAGUGGAACAGUCUAGGGGCCGGUCAACUGGGAGUCAAGUUUAGUACCUACGACCAUCCCAACAAGGACGAUGAGAAGUGUAUCCUCCAUGACACGUCAGGCUGGUGGUUCAGCAAGUGUGCGUCUGGCAACUUGAACGGUCACUACUACAACGGGCCGUACCAAGCGGUGAUGGAUGACGGGGUGGUCUGGUACACCUGGCACGGCUGGUGGUAUUCAAUCAAAUCCGUAGUCAUGAUGAUCCGGGCCUCCGACGUCCAUCCGGCUGGAUCUCAUGUCCAACUGUCCAGAUCGCCAGACGACAUCGAUCCUGUUAGAGUUUUGCCUCAAUUAGGAUAGGCUAAAGGUGGUGUUACAUCAUAGAGAACAUCCAAUCAUAACAAUAUUGAUGCUAAUUGAGGUAAAACAGUAAUUAUGCUCAUAGAUUAUUAAAGGAUUACAUUUAUUUUCAUCAUCAAUUGCUUACCAAAAAUGUAUUUCAGCUUUUAAACCCCUUUGAAUCAGAGAGGUGUGGGGGGCUGUUGUUG